AUGAUAACUGAUAUUUCGUGGACAGGGAAGCCGAAAAGAAAGCCUAAGAAAGUGCUGAUCAACGGCAAUCCACCCUUUCUACGUGCUGACACAGAUCGCUUUGCAAACUGGACAAGUAGUAUUACUUACCUUUCACUUGCCAAUAAUAAACUUACAGGAUCGAUACCCUCUUCGAUAUGCAAUCUAGAUGAGCUUCAGUUUCUUGAUAUGUCAAACAACUCCAUAAAUAGCAAAAUACCUCCAUGUAUAUUCCAAAAGCUAGCUGAUCGUCUCGUAGUGUUGAAUAUAGGGAGAAACAAACUAAGUGGCAUUAUUCCUGAUACAUUCCCGCUAAAUUGCAAGUUGAGAACUUUAGAACUCAGCAACAAUAUCUUAGAAGGAAAGUUUCCAAGAUCAUUACAAAGAUGUGAAUUUUUGGAGGUUUUGGAUAUUGGAAAUAACAUGAUUAGAAGUAAAUUUCCAUGCAUGUUGAAGAAAUUUUCCAAUUUGCAUGUCCUAGUCUUGAGGUCAAACAAGUUCCAUGGGAAUCUCCAGUGUCCUAUUGCUGAUCAAACGUGGUCAACGCUUCAAAUUGUGGAUCUUGCUUCCAAUAAUUUCAGUGGAGCUCUGCUACCACAAUACUUCUCGAACUUAGAAGGCAUGACGCGAAGCAGUGUCAAUCCGGAGCCAGAGCGCCAGUACUUGGAUGUUAAAUAUAGCAACAUAUAUUAUCAAGUCAGGGUGACAUUAACUUUCAAAGGUCUUUCAAUGGAAACUGUAAAAAUUCUUGUAGUUUUUACAUCCAUUGAUUUCUCUUGCAACAACUUUCAAGGGGCGAUACCUGAGAUAUUGGGAAAUCUCAAAUCACUUCACCAUCUUAACUUCUCACACAAUGCUUUGACAGGAAGAAUACCAAAGUCCGUUGGAAAGUUGACGCAGCUUGAAUCCUUAGAUUUCUCAGUUAACCAGUUAAGUGGAAGAAUUCCAGAUGAGCUUGUAGGUCUCACAUUCCUUUCUGUCUUGAACCUUCGAAGGGAACACGGGGUUGUGCAAUUUUCCUUUAAAGAAAACAUGCACCGAAGAUAUAAUGAGCUCGUUGAUAGACUUCUUUUCAGAAUUUUGGGUCAGCACAAAAUGAGUGGAACGAAUAAAAGUCGAAGGAGGUCAAGCCAAACUAAGGCAGGAAUGCUUAACCUGUUAAAAUACACUGAUAGUAAAUUUUACACUGUCAGCGCGUAUAAGUUUAAUCCUUCACUGAUAUGGCCAGGUGUAAGUUGUGAUCAGGAAGGUCAUGUGCUUGUUCUGGAACUGGACGACGAAACAAUUUCUGGUGGAGUUGAGAACUCAACCAGUCUAUUUGAUCUUAAGUAUCUUGAAAAGCUGAAUUUGGCUUAUAAUUACUUGUACUCUACUCAAAUACCAAAAGAAAUUUAUCAGCUUCACAAACUUGAAGUACCUGAAUUUGUCAUAUGCUGCAUCAAGUUAAAGCUUGAGAGCCCAGAUCUAAAAUCAUUGGUUGGAAACCUAUCAAAUCUUAGAGAACUUUAUCUUAACGGCGUGAACAUUUCAUUGAAAUGGGAGUGGGAAGGUUCAUUAAGGGAUGUAGACCUUAGCUACACGAGUUUCACCGGUUCACUUCCAGAUUCAAUUUUUAACCUCACAACCUUAACCAAGAUUGACGUACGUUCAUGCAAUCUUAGUGGACAUAUUCCAUUAGCAGUGGAAAAUCUCACAAACCUAGCUUAUUUAGACUUGUCAUUGAACAGUUUUACUGGUUUAAUCCCAAUGUUUCAUAAGGCAAAGAAGCUCUAUUACAUUGACCUUUCUCAUAACAAUCUAACAGGUCCACUUUCUUUUGCUCAUUUUGAAGGCCUUUUAGACCUUGGUUAUCUAAAGUUGGAAAAGAAUUCCAUUAGUGGGACAGUUCCAUCAUUUCUCCUUUCCCUCCCUUCAUUGCAUGUACUUCAACUUCAGAAUAAUCACUUCAGUGGAGAAGUCCAUGAAUUUGCUAAUGCAUCCUCUUCCGUUCUGGAAACACUUGAUUUGAGCAAUAACCAUCUAAAUGGAUCGAUCCCUCGGUCUAUUUUCAAACUCAAAAGGCUUUCAGAACUAAUACUUUUGUCCAACUCGUUUGGCGGGAGCAUUAGUAUAGAAGUGAUCAAGGGGCUUCCUAGAUUAACCGUGCUUGAUCUUUCUUACAACAACUUGAGAGUUGAUGUACAGGACAAUAUUUCUUCCAAUAAUUUCAGGGGAGCUCUGAUACCACAAUACUUCUCGAACUGGGAAGGCAUGAUGCAAAGUAGCAAUCCAAAGCCCAAGCACCAGUACUUGAAUGUCGAACAUUUAAACAUAUAUUAUCAAGCUAGAGUGACUGUAGUUCUCAAAGGUCAGGAGAUGGAGAUUGUGAAUAUUCUUGAAGUUUUUACAUCGAUUGAUACCUCAAGGGGUGAUACCUCAAGAAGAAUACCACAGGCCCUGGGAAAGUUGAGUCAGCUUGAGUCCUUAGAUCUUUCAGUUAACCAGUUAAGUGGGAGGAUUCCGGAUGAGCUUGUAGGUCUCACAUUCCUUUCAUUCUUGAACCUAUCUUUUAAUCAACUUUCUGGUAGGAUUCCAAGAGGCAAUCAAUUUCAGUCGUUCUCAGUAGAUUCCAUUGAAGGGAAUACGGGGUUGUGCGAUUUUCCUUUAAAGAAAACGUGCAGUGAUACCAACGUGAAUGGAUUGUUACAACCUAACAACCAUUCCGAACAUGAAAUUGAUGGGAAGUAUAUAAGUUUUGCCUUGGGAUCUUCUCUAGCUGCUUAA